CCCCCACGGCUGCGCACUCGGACAAAGAUGGCAGCUGCGGCCCGGCUACGCUGCGGAGCGGCGGUUGCUGCUGCGGGGCUGCGUAGGCGGUAGGUGACGAGCUACGAGCUCCGCACCGGGGUACCGCUGGGCUUAGCAGAGCGGUCAGCCCCCUCACAUGCCCCGUUGGGGCGGGGAGAAGUGCCCCUUACUGAGCCUUUGGGUUCGCCCCCGUCCCUGCCGUUGGGUGUUUCGCCCUGCGGAGGGCGGCUCUCCUUGAACCGGCUCGGCGCUCCGAGUUCGGGCGGGAUCUGCAAGCGCCUCGUCGGAGGCUCUGAAACCCGGCUCGGGAGUCCCUAAUGAUGACUUAAAUAGGUGCUGUACCUGGAUUUUGCUUCUGGAACAAAAGGACAAAAGGGCCUAACAAGGUUUCACCUAGUGAAUAUUAAGGAGUUUCCCUGCAAAUGAUGCCCUUGAAAUAUUCUGUCCUAUGAUGAAUCCAUACACCAUUAAGAAACAGCUUCUGCAUCAGUUUGUACAUAAACCACUUUUCCCACUGCCUGCAACCUUAUGUAACACAGUGAGACACAUGUUUAUUCAAACACAAGAUACUCCAAAUCCCAACAGUUUAAAGUUUAUCCCAGGAAAACCAGUUCUUGAGACAAGGACCAUGGAUUUUCCCACACCAGCUGCAGCAUUUCGCUCCCCUCUGGCUAGGCAGUUAUUUAGAAUUGAAGGAGUAAAAAGUGUCUUUUUUGGACCAGAUUUCAUCACUGUCACAAAGGAAAGUGAAGAGUUAGACUGGAAUUUACUGAAACCAGAUAUUUAUGCAACAAUCAUGGAUUUCUUUGCUUCUGGCUUACCCUUAGUUACUGAGGAAACAUCUUCAGGAGAAGCAGGUACUAUGUUGGGAUCUGAAGAAGAUGAUGAAGUUGUGGCAAUGAUUAAGGAAUUGUUAGAUACUAGAAUACGGCCAACUGUGCAGGAAGACGGAGGAGAUGUGAUCUAUAAAGGCUUUGAAGAUGGCAUCGUACAGCUCAAACUCCAAGGUUCUUGUACCAGCUGCCCCAGUUCAAUCAUUACUCUUAAAAAUGGAAUUCAGAACAUGCUGCAGUUUUAUAUUCCGGAAGUAGAGGGUGUAGAACAGGUUAUGGAUGAUGAAUCAGAUGAAAAAGAAGCUAACUCACCUUAAAAUAAUUAGCAUUUUCUUUGGGCCCAGCAGUUGGACUUAUUGAUAAUUAUACGAAGCUUUUAUUAUUAAUCUGCUAAGGAACUUGAGGAUUAAUAAAAUGUGCCCUUUUUCCAGACUGAUACAUAAAUAUUGCAUGUUUGCUUUA